AUGGCUGAAUACUUUAGGUUUUAUGGGUUUUGUGUGUUAAGUUGUUUACUGUUGAGUAGUGGGGCAGCUGGUGAGGAAGAUGCAUUUGCACCAGAAGCAGGAGUUAGUGACGGAAGGAGAGCUAUGGUGCCUGCUAUGUUCAUUUUUGGAGAUUCUCUCAUUGAUAAUGGGAACAACAAUAAUCUGCCUUCUUUUGCCAAAGCCAACUAUUUUCCUUAUGGCAUUGACUUCAAUGGUGGACCGACCGGAAGGUUUUCCAAUGGUUAUACCAUGGUUGAUACAAUUGCUGAAUUGCUUGGACUGCCUUUGAUUCCUGCAUACUCUGAAGCUAGAUCUGGUGAUCAAAUGAGAUAUGGAAUUAAUUAUGCCUCUGCUGCUGCUGGUAUUCUUGAUAUUACAGGCAGAAACUUCGUUGGUCGGAUUCCAUUCAACCAGCAAAUCCGAAACUUCGAGAACACACUCGAUCAAAUUACGGACAAUCUUGGUGCCCCGGAUGUGGCUCAGGCUCUUGCUAGGUGUAUAUUUUUUGUUGGGAUGGGCAGCAAUGACUACCUCAACAAUUACCUUAUGCCUAAUUAUCCUACUAAGAAUCAGUAUAAUGCUCAACAAUAUGCAGAUCUUUUGGUUCACCAGUACUCCCAACAACUCACGAGACUAUACAAUCUUGGAGCUCGAAAAUUUGUGAUUGCAGGGCUUGGAUUGAUGGGUUGCAUCCCAAGCAUUCUUGCCCAAAGUUCAAAUGGAAUGUGCUCACAGGAAGUGAAUCAACUUGUUCUUCCAUUCAACACCAACACAAAGGCCAUGAUCAACCAGCUUAGCGCUAAUCUACCGGGCUCUAAAUUUUCUUAUAUCGACGUUAAAAAUAUGUUUCAAGAUCUUCUGGCCAAUGCUAGAUUAUAUGGAUUCGGUGUUGUAAAUCGAGGGUGCUGUGGAAUAGGGAGAAACAGCGGGCAGAUAACUUGUCUUCCAUUUCAAAUGCCAUGUCUAGACAGGAACAGGUACAUAUUCUGGGAUGCAUUUCACCCAACAGCAGCAGUAAAUAUCUUGUUUGGGAGGAAUGCUUUCAAUGGAAACCAGAAUAUGGUCUAUCCCAUUAACAUAGAGCAACUUGCCAAACUAUGA